UCCUGCUCCUACCUGCAAUCUUCCUCGCCCGCACAGAGAGCACACAGGCUGCACUGGAGCGGUAUCCUUGGCUGCCAUGAAGAUAACAGGCAUUUUCCUGAGGGCAUCUUUAGCCCUUUGCUGCUGCUUUGGUGCUGCCUUUGGAGUUCAGCUUGACUGCAGCAAGUAUUCCAGUGGCAUUACCAAGGAUGGAAGGUCAUGGGUAGCUUGCCCAAGGAACUUGAAACCAGUCUGUGGCACUGAUGGCAACACGUACAACAACGACUGUGGGAUCUGCCUGCACAACGAGGAACACAGUGACAGUGUGGAGAAGGCCCACGAUGGAGAAUGCGAGCCAAAAUCUGUCGUGAUUGAUUGCACUAACUACCGAAGAGCUGUAAUAGAUGAUCACGUUGUGGUAGCAUGCCCAAGGAUAUUGAAACCAGUCUGCGGCUCAGAUAGCUUCACUUAUGACAACGAAUGUGGGAUCUGUGCCUAUAACACGGAACAUAACACCAAUGUUACCAAAAUACACGAUGGAGAGUGCAAGGAGUCUGUUGACUGCAGCAGGUACCCAACACAAGUCACUAAAGAUGGCAAAAUAUUAGUGUCCUGUCCAAGGAACCUGAAUCCAGUUUGCGGCACAGAUGGCAUCACAUAUGAUAACGAAUGCGGGAUCUGUGCCCACAAUGGAGAACAAAGGACCCAUGUUGGCAAAAAGCACAGCGGACAGUGCAGACAGGAGACUUCUGAUAUCGAUUGCAGUCAAUACCCAUCAAGAAAGGUUAAGGGAGGUAAAGACCUGGUGCGCUGCCCCAGGAUCCUGCGCCCGGUCUGCGGCACAGACGGAUUUACCUACGACAACGAGUGCAGCAUCUGUGCCCAUAAUGUACAAUACGAGACUCAUGUUAAGAAAAGCCAUGAGGGAAGAUGCAAGGAGGAAAGCACUCCUGUUGACUGCAGCACAUACCUGAGCAAUACCAAAUCAGGCGAAGCCAUCAUGGCCUGUCCCUUCAUCUUGCGUGAGCUCUGUGGGACAGACGGUGUCACCUACACCAACGACUGUGCUCUCUGUGCCCACAACAUCGCCUUUGGAACUGAGGUUGCCAAGAAGCACGAUGGAAGGUGCGUAGAGGAAGCUCCCCAGCUCAACUGCAGCCAGUACCCAAUGUCCAUUCAGAAGGAUGGCACUCAGGUGAUGGCCUGCACGAUGAUCUACGAUCCUGUCUGCGGUACCGACGGUGUCACUUAUGCCAGCGAGUGUACUCUGUGUGCCCACAACAUGGAGCAUCGGACCAACCUUGGCAAAAGAAAGAAUGGACGCUGUGAAGAGGACAUUACAAGGGACCUCUGCAAGGACUUCAAAGUGUCUCCAGUAUGCACCAUGGAAUAUAUGCCUCACUGUGGCUCUGAUGGCAAAACAUACAGCAACAGAUGUGCUUUCUGCAAUGCCUACCUGGAAAGCAGAACAACUCUCAAUCUCAUGAGUUUGGCUGAAUGCUAAGUCUGUGCUGGAGUUCAGCCCAGGAAGACAAGCUCCUUUAAAUGUGACUUGCCAUGGGCUGAUCGUCCCUAGUAACGUUCCUUCAGUUUGCCUUGUUUCCUUAGCUCCUGAAAUACUUGUUCAAUAAACUGACUUGGUGAAAUUUCUCUGUCUUAA